AAACGGUUUUAAAUCAAUAUGAAGACACUGACUUAUUAUUCAGAGCUGUCUCUCUAUUACCUUUGGUUCCCGUGCCAGCUGUUCGAGUGAUGGGCGCGUGCCCGCUCCAGCUUGCCUUGGCCCACACGUGCUAAGUAUCUGAAGCUACGCCCCUCAACAGAUUGUACUCUCACGUGAAAGGGAUGGGGGCGGGGGCACGUGUUUGGCCACGAGUAUCAUCUUGCGUAGGGUGGGAUGCGGACAACAAGAAGUCCUUUGGACUCGCAGGCGCACACUCCAUGGUACUUUUUGGGCGUAGCGAGUGGCCGCUUCAGCUGGAUGCUCCCCGCAUCAUCCUCCUGCAGUGUGUAAAUAAUGACACUUUAUAUUCAAAAGACAUUAAUAUACUGGCUGCACGAGACAUUAUGUUCUUAUUGCGGUUCACGUUCCGCAUGGACUGAACAGACGUUUCUAUAUAAAGAAUAGAUUUCCAUGUGGACAAUUUGCGGCCAAUGAGGAGUCGUAGAACUACUACACAGACACAAAUGCGCGUCCAUGUACUCUGAACAUUUACAGCCGCUGUGAUACAUAUUCUUAUGGACAGAACCGACAGCCAAUCAGAUUCUACUAAUCUCCGAGUGGGCGGGGCACGCGACUCAUGAAUAUCCAACAAGGGCGCUCAGUGGGUACGGAGAACAAGGGGUUUGUGUAGUGUUGUUUUCGCACCCAAAACCGUCAAUAUAGACAAACAGGCCUGAAAGCAGCAGCAGUAGUAGAGGUGAAACAAGUGAGGAACCGCGCUCCGUUUUGUUUCCGUCGUCUCCCGGUGGAGGAGGCAGCUCUUUGGUACCGUCAGGGAACAUCGCUCCGGUCUGCUCGCAGCUUGGCAGGGGAACAAUGCCUGGCAAAGCCGCGGUGGCAGUGGCGCUUAAGCCCAGCGAUAACGUCGUUACGGUGACACCGCAGAAGUCUUUCCCUUUUGUUUUAAAGAAGAUUAUGGACAUUCCCCCUCCUAACAUCCUGGAGGAAGGCGACGACGAAAUAGAGAAGGAGAAGCUGUGCUCAUCCGAGGAUGUGGAGGGAGGUGGGGCCGGAGCAGCCAGUGCAGGUGGAGUUUCCAGAGGAGGAGGAGGAGGUGGCGGUGGUGGUGGUGGCGGCGGUGGCGGUGGUGGUGGAGGGGUAUCAGCCUCCCUGACCCCAGCCAUCUGGGAGAAGACCAUUCCCUACGAUGGGGAGACCUUCCACUUGGAGUACAUGGACCUGGAUGAGUUCCUUCUGGAAAACGGGAUCCCUGUGAGCCUGGAGGAGGAGGAGCUGCAGAAGACUCUGAGCUCAGUGGAAGGCAAAGGCAAAUCCAUCCCCAAGGUUGCUGCUGCAGCAACCACAACAACAACUACUACUACUCCUCCUGCUGCUGAAGCAUCUGUAUCCGCCUCAGAGUCAUCCCCUUCUGCCUCUGCUAUGGCCACCUCAGAACCAGAGGAAACAGUGACAGUCACUACCUUACAACCAGCUAAACUAGAAGAAGAGGAGGAGGAGGAGGAGGAGGAGGAGGAAGAGGAAGAAGAAGAAGGACAAGAAGAGGAAUCUCUGUCUGAAGAGGUAACGACAGAGGUGAAAGUAAAGGAGAAGAAUACAGAUCGCAGUGCUGCAGAACGUAACACCCCCUCCCCCAUCGACCCAGAUGCGAUUGAGGUGGACAUUAAUUUCCAGCCGGAUCCCACAGACCUGGUCCUGUCCAGUGUGCCGGGAGGAGAGCUGUUCAACCCACGCAAACACAAGUUCUCUGACGAGGAGCUGAAGCCGCAGCCUAUGAUCAAGAAGGCCAAGAAAGUGUUUGUUCCUGAUGAACAGAAGGAUGACAAAUACUGGUCCAGGAGAAAGAAGAACAAUCUGGCAGCAAAGCGCUCUCGUGACGCGCGGCGGCUGAAGGAGAACCAGAUCACGGUGCGCGCCUCCUUCCUGGAGCGGGAAAACGCCGCGCUGAGGCAGCAAGUGGCUGAGCUGCGGAAGGACUGUGGCCGCUGUAAGAACAUUCUGGCCCGAUACGAGGCAAAGUACGGUCCACUGUAAACAACUCCGCUUAAAACCCAUGAAGUAUCAGACAACAGCAGAACUCCCCUCCCCGCAAAAAUUCAACACAGACACAAACACAGAGGGAAUCUAAAUUUGCACUUUUGUCUUUGCUGACCUCAAGUCACUGUGUCAAGCUCCAGUUGUUUUUUAACGUGAUGCUGGCGCUUUGGAUACACACUGGCAGGCAGUAAGGCAUGAUGGGAGCGGUGGUCACAGGAAGGCCUGUGGAGAGCGCCUGGCUCCUACACUCAGAGAGGAAUGGGAUGAUGGUGGAUACUCCCAUGGUCAUACACACAUGGAAAAUAUGCUCUGUCUCAAGACAGUUUCAGGAAAGUCAGGAAAUAAGGAAGCAGGCUGGCUUUUAACUACCACACAGAUCAGUUUUUAUCACUGCAUAGCACUUCUUCAAACGGACCAAAGCAUGAGUCCCAUCAGUUAGAAGUUGUGUAUUUAGAAUGGUGCACACUUGCUGUUCCUCAUAUUUCCUUGUGUUGCACUUAGAUUUGUGUCCGUACAUCCUUUAAAUCCAGCUGAGGCUCAGAAGAAGGAUAUUUAUUAACUCACAGCAGGGUGGCAGAGGGACAGAUAAAUAUAUGAAUGAAGGAGCAGGAGGCAGUAGUCACAGUGUCAUAGCCUGAAGAGAAAGGAAUCAAAAAGAGCUCAGGUCAGCGGAGGAGAAAAAGAGGAGAGUUUGGUAGUGGUGUGAUUCGGUCACAGUCACAGUUCUUCCUUCUUGUAACCCACAUGCUCACAUCUGCACACACACACAAACGCUGUUAAAAAUAAAUUGUAUAUAGAGUCAUCUCCCUGCACCACAUAAAUGUGUGUGUGUGUAAUAGUGUGUAAUCCAUUUUUGCACUUUUUCUAAAAAAAACAAAAAAAAACAACAGUGUGUAAAGAUUAUAGUGGUGGCAGGUGUCUACCUAAAUAAAUCACAACCACAGUGGAAGACACAGUAGUUUAUAAGGAAAGAAAACAUGCAUGACCUACAAUUUAAAGCUACUGUGAUUUAGUUUCCUUUUCUACUAACCUCAGAUCAGCCUCACACAAUAUUUUAUUAAAGAAUACAGAUUUUGGGUUUACUUAAAAGAUGGUGGGUUUACAAGCGGAGGAAGAGCAGUAGGUUUUUUUCUGCAGGUUACUGUUUGCUGUCAAAGGCAUAAGUUUGAUGAUCUCUAGGGCCCUCACUGGUGGAGGGGUAUGUUUUCAUGUAGGGAUGUUUAUUUUACUGCACACCGCAAGUAGAGGGCGCUAUAGCCACUACCUGCCUGCUCAUGGUGUAGUGAUGGCUGGAUUGAUGUUUUUUUUAUAGCCAGGCCCAAAGCCGACUGCUUCUAAACCUUGUAAUUAAAUGAUUGUCUCAUGGUCUUUAUUUCCUAAAACAGGGAUUCUGACUGUGUCUUUAUUAAUCCAAUACUUAUAUUUGCCAAAUAGUCAAUGAGUGCUGUAUUUAUUCUGAUGGUAAUAAUGCAUCUGUUGAUUGUGAUGUACAACAAUAUGUCAAAUAUCUCUAUUUCCUUUGAGAAACACUACUUAUAAUGAAACCAAUGACUAAGCAGGGAAUUCAAAUGGGUAAACUGUGCUUUUGGAUGUUUAUUUUAAAAACAGAUUUAUACAGUUAAAUGAUUUUUUUUCUCUAUACAUACAAAUAUGUAUGUAUGUGUCUGAACACAGAAAGAACAGGGCACACUCUUAUUUACCUCAUCCAACACUUCCUAUUUUGAAUGGAUACAAGUUUAGCAGGGCUACAGAGUGGUGUUUAUUGAAGCAGAGAGCACAUAAAAAGCAGCUUAGCUCCAUUUGGCAAAACCUUGAAUCCAAGUUGAUAAAUGGAGUUCUUUUUGCCAAAAUGGCUGCAUCUGUGUCUACAUUAGUAAAUACAUUACAGACUGUUAUGGGAAACUAUAUCUCAAGUGUCUUUGACUGAUGCAGAUAUUGUGAUCGGUCGGCUUGUGCUCAUAAUCCCCAUAAUCUUAGAAAGAAAAUAAAUGUGGCAAUAAUACUCUGUUAUGUAAUGCUUGUUUAAUUUCAGUGAUGAUGUUGUAUGUAAAAUUGCUAUGAUGUACUAAAUAGAAAUGCCCCAAAGUCAUCUGUGCUUCCAGUUUAGAUCCUUUGUCGUCUGGGAUCUUAAUGCAUGAAAACCAGUAAACUUGUCUUUUUUUUCUUGACUAUUUUACACCAAGUGUACUUAUGUCUGUAAACCAUCACUGAAAACUAGAUGUGUUUUUGGGUGGGUGGGCUGAUGCUCUGUUGUACAGCUCUGUCAAAAGGAAAAGCAGAACAUCUUAGCUAUGAUGUCUUGUGUUUAUAACUUGCAUAAUAGCGCCACCCAUCCUUGUGCAGCCAGUGCUUGACCUUGGGGUGAACAUUAGCUGAAAACAGCAUCUUUUGAUCACUGUGUGGAUUGUUUCCUAUUUACUUCAGAUUGAUCUAUAUCUAGAUACACUGGAUCAGUUGGUGCUUUUGUGUUUUCUUGAUAGUUUCUGUGUUUGUUUCAGUUUCCUGAUGGUGUAGUAUAACAGACAUUUCUCAGCAGUGAGUUUUAUUUUGCAUCGACAUUCAAAACUUGACAUUGACUGCAACAUGGUGUUUAUACAUCAGUGUAGUUGAUGAAUGCAAACUUUGAGUUAUUUUCUAACUAAAUUAAAAACGUUCUGCAUAAGGCUGACUAAAGGUACUGGCCAAGAGAGCCUUUUAGAAGGCAAUAAAUCAAGAUCUUUUGUAGUACAGCUUACAGUAUGUAGCACUCUCUCUAUUUGAAGCAAAGCGCCUCAUGGAAACGGCUUGUAAUUGUUGCUCAUUAACAUUCAGCAGGUUGCAGGUACUCCAGUUGUACACAUGCCAACCUGCUCCACAAAUAGAAAAGGAAAAUAAAAGCAGUGGUGGUUUAGACCUGCAGCUGUCGAUGUGUGUUUCCACCUAUAGACAAAGUAAUUGCAUUUUUACCUUUGCUAUUUACUUGCAUUUGUUUCAGUUUUUUAGUUCAACAUUCAUUUUGCCUAGCUAACUUAAAAAAGUCAGUGUGAUUGCAAGCAAGCAUCAGUAAUACUAACCUUCAUGUAUGACUUCUGCUUAUAAUUAAGCUUUGUCAAGCAGUUCAUCAUCAGAAAACUGGGCAUGCAAUUGUUAACUGACAUGUCCGGAAUGAGAUAUUUUAUAAAUAAAUAAUAAGUCUGGACAAAGAAAAAAGAAAUCCUGAUAUCUGGUCAAGCUUUGCAAAUUUAAAAAAACUGCAGUAGUAACACUUUGCCUGCAGGUGGUGCAAGUGUGAAAGUGCAAGUGUUUUCUUUGUCUUUAGAUGGUGCAAAUGAGCACAUCUGAAGGUCUAAACUGCUGUUUUCAGGUUCUAGUCUGAAACUGUUGGCACUGGCUUCAGGUGCUCUGCAUCACUGACACUAUGUCCUUGUUUGCUAUUAAAUGUAGCUACAGUACUCCUGUAUAAAAUAUUUAAAGGUCUUUAUUGAAAACAUUUUUAAAGUUUUGUUUGUUUUGUGGUGUUUUUGCUUAAUUUUCUCUCUUUUUAUAUAAAUGUGUUUUGUUGAGUGUUUUUGUAUUGUCCUAACCAUGUAUAGGACACAUGCAACUGCAGUGCCAUGUCCUAACUGUAUCUUGUAUCAUGUAUAUGAAAUAAAUUGGGAUUUAAUGACA